AGCUCGGUUUAGUCAACAGUCGGAUACAAAGCGUCAACAAAGCACCGGCAGAUUCGCGAUCAUUUAUUCAUUAAUUGUAGGCAUUUUUGUGCAAAAAGUUUAGCGAAAUUUUUUAGCGGCACGCAAGCAAACAAAUAAAUAUUCGUUUUAUAUUCGGAGCACACAAAAGAUCGAUCACUUUCCGCUAGCGAAAUGUAUAAUCAGGUGCGGUUUGACGUCAUCGAUGAUCGCUUAUGCUAGUACCAGCGUACAUGUUGAAGCCGCUGUGCGAGUGACGUCGUUGAAAAUGUGCGAAAGGCAGCGAAGAGCCAACGCGAUAGAGUGACGUAAUGAUCAAACAAAGACAAAAAUGGAAAAGUGAUUUGUGAUGAGUUGUUACGUACGAGAAAAGUGAUGUGAAUUCAGUUAUGUGCCUGCAUCCAUUGUGUGUCAUAUUUGGCUCAAUAAACAAUACAAUUUGAGUGCAUUGUGAUCAAACAAAAGCUUACUUGCCAACAAAAUACAUAAAUACAAAAAAAAAACAAAAAAGUUAUAAAUUUUGAAGAUAUUAAAAAAUGGCACGGAAUGACUUCAGAUGAGUGAGUGUUGCUGAAAGCAAGAAAAAAAAACAAUAUAUCGAUGUAGUAAUAACAACAACAACAGCAACGGCAGCAAAAACGUCAUAUGCGGGGUUUGUUCAAAUACAAAUCGCGGGUAAAUAAUAACUGUGAAUAAAUAAAAUGUGAGCGAAAACAAAAUAAAACAAAAACUCAUAAACAGCCCAGCAGAAGGCAAAACAAAAAUCAAAUGCGCGAAACUGUCCGUUUGACUGACAUGGAAAUUAAUGAAUUUUAAAUGACUUGCCUGAACAAAAACAAAAACAAAACACAACAUAUAAAAAACGCAAAAAAAUAUUUGAAAAGCUAAAUAAAUAAAAAUGUGACAAAUAUUGACAACAACUCAGGGGAAACGGAAAGAAAGUGAAAACACGGCGCCACUAAGCAACAGCUGCCAUGUAACGUAAAAACACAAACUAAAAAAAUAAAUAAAAACCAAAAACGAAAACAAAAACAAAAACUAAGAUACAAUUCCCACGAACUCCCUACAAAUUCUUCUGUUUUGGCUAUAUGACAAGUGUUGGCCGCACGCCAUCGGCACAAACAGCAGCAACGAAAAAUACAUCAACGAUUUACAAAUAGCCAAACUUGGCAACUUUUCGCUGCACAGUUUACAUUUCCGUCACUUCCAGUGCAGAGCCACACUGCUUGGCGACCACAUCCAGCCACGACUAUGUUUAUUUCAUAUCUGAUUUGCGAGGGCGACAGCGAGAGCAGCCACAGCGAUACAAUGUCCGUGGAGCAAUUGCUGCUUACCGUGCGCGAGGAGACCGAAUCGGAGGAUGACGACGACGAUGAUGAUGCUGACGAAAGCGAGGGGGAAGGCGCGAAUGAUCCGAAUGCUAGCUGUAGGGAGCCAGAUGAUGGCAGUGAAACUGAAUCCAGUCAAGCGGUGGACGCGGCAACUAGCGGCGCGCCACUCCUUCGCCGCUUCCGGCGCUCUUCCAUUGGCAUGCAGCGCAAGGCGGCAUUUCGGCAAAGGAAAUUGGAUUCGUUGGGCACAUGGCGGAAGCGACGAUCAGCGUCAGCGAGUAAUGCACGUCGACCCAUACGAAUUGUGCCCGACUGGACCGAGAAUGCGGUGCAGGGUGAACACUUCUGGAAGCCCACUUCGGCUUCUGGCGAUUUAUGCUGCUUGAAUGAGGAGUGCAUUAAAAGUGGUCAACGUAUGAAGUGCUCGGCCUGCCAAUUAAUUGCGCAUCAAAAUUGCAUUCCAAUCGUCAAUGAAAAGACUCAAUUAGCGUGUAAGCCAACAUUUCGAGACGUAGGCGUAAGACAAUACAGGGAACAAUCAACGACGCAUCACCACUGGGUGCAUCGCAAGAUGGAAAAGGGCAAAUGCAAACAGUGUGGAAAGGCUGUUCAAGGCAAACUUUUUGGUUCGAAGGAAAUCGUUGCAUUAUCCUGCGCCUGGUGCCACGAAGUCUAUCAUAACAAGGAGUCCUGCUUUAAUCAAGCGAAAAUUGGCGAAGAAUGUUUGUUGGGGAACUAUGCACCCAUCAUCGUACCACCCUCGUGGAUAGUCAAGCUGCCCACCAAGGGUAAUUUCAAAUCCUCCAUACGAGUUAACAACAAAGCCAAUGUCACCAUAGCGGGCGGUAAAAAGAAGGGCAUGAGUAAAAGACAAAAACAAAAGGAGGAAAAGAAGGAGCCACGUGCUUUCAUCGUGAAACCCAUACCAUCGCCCGAUGUCAUACCCGUGAUAGUGUUCAUCAAUCCGAAAUCUGGCGGCAAUCAGGGAGUGAAGCUAUUGGGUAAAUUCCAACAUUUGCUCAAUCCACGACAAGUUUUUGAUUUGACGCAAGGUGGCCCGAAAAUGGGCUUGGAAUUAUUUCGCAAAGCACCUAAUUUACGUGUAUUGGCGUGUGGUGGCGAUGGCACAGUCGGUUGGGUACUUUCAGUGCUGGACAUGCUCAAUCCACCGAUAACGCCCGCACCCGCCGUUGGUGUGCUCCCGCUUGGCACGGGCAAUGAUCUGGCGCGCGCUCUCGGCUGGGGUGGUGGCUACACUGAUGAGCCGGUCAGCAAAAUAUUGCGCGAAAUCGGUAUGUCUCAGACUGUACUGAUGGAUCGCUGGCGCCUGAAUGUCACGCCAAACCCCGAUGCGGAAGAUGAUAACGUGAGCCGCAGCAAGGACAAUGUACCUUUAAAUGUGAUCAACAACUAUUACUCCUUUGGCGUGGACGCGCAUAUUGCACUCGAAUUCCAUGAGGCCCGCGAAGCGCAUCCAGAACGUUUCAACUCGCGUCUGCGCAACAAAAUGUACUACGGCCAAAUGGGCGGUAAGGAUCUAAUAUUGCGGCAGUAUCGAAAUCUCUCGCAGUGGGUGACGCUCGAGUGUGACGGCGCCGACUUCACGGGCAAGCUGCGUGACGCCGGCUGCCAUGCGGUGUUAUUUCUUAAUAUUGGCAGCUAUGGCGGUGGCACACAUCCCUGGAACGAUUCGUUUGGCCAGUCCAAGCCGGCCAUUGAUGACGGCAUGAUCGAGGUCGUCGGCCUGACCACAUACCAGCUGCCCAUGCUGCAGGCCGGCCUGCACGGCACCUGCAUUUGCCAAUGUCGGUCAGCGCGCAUCGUCACCAAGAAGACAAUCCCCAUGCAGGUAGAUGGCGAGGCGUGUCGCGUGAAGCCAUCGAUUAUCGAAAUGAGUUUGUUAAACAAGGCGGUGAUGCUAGCCAAACGCAAACACGGUCGUGGCGAUGUACAGGUGAACCCAUUGGAGAAACUGCAUUUGACGAUUUUGCGCAUAACAAUGCAACAAUACGAACAGUACCACUACGAUAAGGAAAUGUUGCGCAAAUUGGCCAAUAAGUUGGGCAAAAUGGAGAUCGAGUCGCAGUGCGAUUUGGAACAGGUGCGCAACAUGCUCAAUGCCAAAUUCGAGGAAUCGAUAACCUACCCAAAGGUGUCACAGGAUUGGUGCUUCAUCGAUUCCUGCACCGCCGAGCAUUACUUCCGCAUCGAUCGCGCCCAAGAGAAUUUGCACUACAUUUGCGACAUUGCCAUCGACGAGUUGUACAUUUUGGAUCAUGAAGCCGCCACCAUGCCACAGACACCGGAUCAGGAACGAUCCUUCUCGGCUUAUUCGCAACGCAUUGGCGCACAAAACGAGCGCCGCAGCAUGGACCCGCAAGGCCGCUCGGGCAGCACUGAGGAUGAUUUGCAAAUUGGAAAACCUGUUAAGGUUAUGAAAUGGAAGAGCAACAAAGAUCGAUUGUUCAGUUUCAACGAAGACGUCUUCGGUUACGGAUUCAGCCCUAUACUGGAACAAACUUCCGAUGCCGUACUACUAGCGGCGCAUCAAGGCGACCUAAAUAUGUUACGUGCACUACAUGAACAAGGAUACUCACUACAAUCAGUAAACAAAAAUGGACAGACAGCACUGCAUUUCGGCUGCAAAUACGACCACAAAGACAUUGUCCGAUAUAUAAUAUCGUGCGCAUCACGACGUCUGAUCAAUUUGGCAGAUAAGGAUAAGGGACAAACAGCACUGCACGUUGCUGCUGAAAACAAUCGCCGCGACAUUUGCGUAAUGCUGGUGGCUGCGGGUGCUAACCUACAGGCACGCGAUCUAUGCGGCAACACGCCCAUGAUGGUGGCCUUCAAUAAAAACUUCACCGAGAUUGCAACAUAUUUGGAAAGUAAGAUGCUUUGCGCUACAAUACAUACAACAACAGCUAUAGCGAAGAAACGCAAUAAAAUGCAGCACCAAAACCGUAAUCCGUAAUCCAGACAGCUAAAUGAAUAGGCUAGGCAGCUAAAGCUAGAAGUUAAAAAGCUAAAAAUGACAAAUCGCCCGCACCCUCCCAAAAACACCACUUCGGCUAUUUCCCCGAUAGCAAUUAUUGAUUGCCACGAAAUGCAGUAGUUUGUUUAAAUAAAAAAAAAAAACGAAAAAGCAGAAAUAAAAACAAAAAAUUGCACUGGUUUAUAUUAUAAGCUUUGUAUUACCGUUAUAUGCAUGUAUUUGUAGGUUAUGUAACUCUUUUGGUUGUGUUUCAAAUUUUCUUUUGUGAUUUUCAUUCAUUUUAUGUUUAGUUGUUAAUUUUACUAUGUUGGGAAUUUUUUAUUUAAAUUAAUUUUAAUGCUCAUUUACCCCCUUAACUGUAUUGUUUGCACUCGUAUGUUAGAGCUGGUUUUAGGUAAUCGAUAGUAGAAUUUUAGAAUUUAUUAUUAAAUUUUAAUUUUAACGACACAAAAUUAAUUAACUUUACCUGUAUAUCUUUUUUAUUCUGCUUCUGCAUACAAAUGAUAAAAACGAAAUUGCAAAAACAAAACAAAAAACAUGAAAAAUCAAUGUGACAACCAAACAUUCCAUAACAAUUAAGGUCAAGAGCGUUUUCUCGUAAUGCAGAGACAGUCGCGAAAUUGAGUCGAGACCACACGAGCAAAACUGGAUAUAAGUAGCAACAGAACUUAAGCAAAUUAAAAUUAGCAUUAAUUAAAGUAAACAAUAGCAUAAGUACACAUAAAUACAUUUAGAAACUAAGUAUUAAAAUAAAAUUUAAAAAAGCAAAAAACAGCUAAACAGGCAACAAGCAACUAUGGGCACUCUGGAAUGAAGGCUACGAAGCCCAAUUAGAAAUAUUUUCACUAUUUAUUAGAUAGAUUUACGCUUUUCGCAACGCUUUUAACGGGAAUUUGCAUAAGAAACCACACAGCAGAGAAUUCAUGCAAUCUAAUUGAUUUAUUCGCAAACAUUUAAGCAUCAUAAGAAUUUUCGAUUAACACACAAAUCCACUAUAAGUAAUUGAGAGCAAUUCUUCAAGCAGUAAUCGUAAUCAAGUAGUUUAAUAGUUACCAACUGGAGUGAAUUAUACUCGUAUUUAAAAUUAUCAUUACUUCUUGAAACCAGAUUUGAUUCAAGCGAAAGAAAAUUUAACGCUGAGACAAAUUCAAAGAAAAUUAGUAACGUAAGCUCGUAAAUUUUUUCGAAGUCUAAUACAAAUAGCGCAUAAGUAUGCCACAAUUAGUGGCGACUAUACGAAAAAAAGCAAAAACAAAAAAUACAAAAUUAAAUUCAAAAUUUAAAAUGGUAAGCAGCUCAGCAGGAGCGAAAGAAAGAUUCAUUUGUGAUAUGGAAUUAAUUAUAAAGAAUGUUCUGUGAAAAUAAAAUAAAA